AUGGUCAGUUGGCACCGGAGCCGAAGCCUGGAGGAUGAGUUUGACCUGUUCAGCGAAGAGAGCCUGGACUGGACCCCUUCUGAGCUCGCUGCCGAGGAGAGACGCUUUCUGGCCAGCGAUUCCAAUGAUGCACCUCCAGGUGACCUAGGACCUGUGACUGGGAGCCGUUGGCGUUGCAUAACGUGCCGAGCUGCUAGCUGGAUUUGGGAUAGCGAGGUUGGAUACGUAUGUCAAAACUGUGGUGGUUUGGAAUUCUUUGAUGUGAGCCAACCUACAAAGAUGGAAACCUCUACUGGUGUUUGGAUGUAUGUCCCUCAUAGCCCUUCCUCUGCAGCUGGAUCUCCAGAUGAGGAUUCGAAAAGGUGUCAAGGGUCCCUUAGCGAUUCCCCUGGCAGAUCCCCCAAAGAUGUUAGAAAUGACCAGCGGUUGUUUGGAGCCCCAAAGCCGUUCCCUGGUCCACCACCUAGUCAUGCUGACUCUGAGUGGGCUGAGAGUGAAACGGUGACUCACGACCCUGUCAUUGACCCUGACGACUCGCUCUCUGGUGGUCGCCGGCGACGCCGCCGACGUGGUGGAUCUCGCAGCAGCGCUUCCGAGAUUGGACAACAUCAUGCAGACCUUCCAGAUGAUGCGGUUCCUUGCAACGACCCUUCUGAACGAGCCCAACACGCAACUCCGAGCAGUUCCAAUGAGAUGCUGAGCGUCAUGCGCCAAUUGCUGGAUGAGAAGAAGUACAAGCAUGGAAGUGAAGCUUCCUGGAACACACAACGUGGUCCCGCUCCAGGUGUACGUUGGCGUGGUGGAGCAGCUCCAGCACCUCCAAAAUGGACUUACCAACAGUCCGACCUUCGAGCCUUUUCCAAGUACGAGCGCAAGGUGCAGACUUGGGUGCUUCAAGCUAAGAACUAUAUGACUCAAGCUGAGAUGGCACUCACCUUGUACACCUCAUUGCAAGGUGAAGCUGAAGCCGAAGCCGAGCACCUUGACCUGAAGAAGAUCAACGAAAAGAAUGGCGUGGAGUACAUUUUGGAUGAACUCCGAGGCCCCUUGCAACAGAAAGUGCUUUUCCAGAAGCGCAAGCUCCUUGCAGACUUCGAGAAUGUGCGACGUCAUGGAGCUGAAUCAGUGCGGCAGUACGUCAACAGGUACCGCCGAAUUGAGAGAGACUUGCAAACCAUCGGGAUUCAGACAAGCAUGAUGUACGACAGUGAAUCCCGUGGCAAUCGCAUCCUUGAGCGCUGCGCUUUGGCCCCAGAUUUGCAACGUUUGGUGUUGAUUGGUGCUGGCAACUCCUUGGAGUACGAGAAGAUCACGGAGUCACUUUGCCUGCAGUUCCCUGACUUCAAGCCCAACCCUGUUGUUUGGCAGACUGGCGGAGGACCCCGUGGACAGCACUCAUCAGCAUCAACAACUGGAUCUGGCAGCUCUUCAUCCGGAUCUUUCAGAACCUCUUCAGCUUCGAGCAAAGGCAAGCCUAGCAGUGGGAAUUCGUCCAAGCCGUUUUCUCAUGGCAAAGGUCAUGCUGGCAAAGGUCCACUUCGAAAUGUUUUCCAAACGGAAACUGCAGAAGCCGAGGCAGAUGAGGUAGAUGGAGAUGAAGAUGAUGAGUAUCAAGACGCCGAAGAUGGCGAUGCAGUGCUUGAUACAAUCCCAGAGGGAGACCCAGAGCAAGAUGAAGAAGGAGAUGAAGAUACUCCUGCACUUGACCCUGAGGCACUUGCAGAGAUGGCACACGUGCUGACAGUCACCAGCAAGAAGUUGCAAGCUUCAGUGUUGGGAAGGAAAUUUACUGGAAGACGCUCCAUUGAGGAGAGAAAGAAGAACAGCACGUGUUCAGCUUGCGGCCAAUUGGGCCAUUGGGCAGGUGACUCUAUCUGCUCAGUUUCAUCGCAGAAGCGAGAUGGCGGUGGAAAAGGUGCCCGUGGUUCAGGUACUUCAUCUAGCAACAACUUCAAUUCCGGUCACAAGGGAGUCAAGAAAGCCUAUGUGGUUGGAAUUCAGGAAGAUCAGCAGCAACAUGAUGAACAAGAUCAUCUAGCACCCGAGAAAGCCUCCACCUAUUUUUCUUUUACUGCAAUGCAAGAAGCGUUUGGGACAGAAACUUCAACAUCAUGGGUGGCAGAAACCAUUGACCUCGGGGGCUACAUGGUUUUAGAUACUGCAUGUCAGCGUUCAUGUUGUGGUGAAAUUUGGUUGAACACCCACUCCAACAUCCUGCAUCGACAUGGUCUUCGUGUCAAAAAGUUUGACUGCGUGGAUCACUUUCAGUUCGGCUCAGGCAAGCCAGUGGCAGCUGCGGAAAGAGCCUACAUUCCAGCGCAGUUUCAAGGCCAGGAAUCUCAGGGUGUUCUUUUGGGAGCCAGCAUCCUCAAAUCCAACAUUCCUUUUUUGGCAAGUCGCACUUUGCUUUCAAGAUUGGGUUGCGUGAUUGACAUGUUUAGCGGCACCAUCACCUUCACCAAUUUGGGAGUAGUUUUGCCUUUGACCAUCAAACAUGGACAUCUUGCAGUGAGUAUUGUGAAGUUUUCAGAUGAUGCAGCACAACAUGCAUGCUGGGCACAACUUUCAAAACCACAUCUUUGGCAUGAUCCUGACCCAGAGCUUGUUUGUGCACCCGGAGCUCUCAACAAGGGCUCAAUUCGUGACCUACCGCCCCAGCAACUUUUGCGACCUGAUGUUUCGGCACCAAACAUGUCCCACAUGGCUGAAGCGCUGGGAGCGGAUCUACAUCCUCCUGCUGACUGUGGAGCUCAGGACGUACCAUAUGAUGGCGACCUUGGUGCGCAUGGGACUUGCCACACGUCAGUGGCUGAGCCUUCCAGAGCAUGUGGAAGAGAUGGAGCGCCAGAAGAAGCAGCUGGUGCCGGUGAGCAGCAUGUGCAACCCGGCAACUUGCAUGCACCCAGACUUCAAGAGGUACGGCAACGUCCACGGAAGUUUCAGCCAAUGCAAGAGAUGUCGGCAGGUGUUCAAAUGGGAUCCACUCCAAGAAGGUUGGCGACCCCAUGGCGAUCCGCGGUCGCGAGCUUCUUCGCACUUGCCACCGCCCUCAUCUUCCAACAUCCUGACCACCACCACGGGCAUGACGAAAGGCAAGGGCAAGGGCAAGACUUCUUCUACGAGAACUACGGCAUCGAAAGCCCGUGCCAAGGCCAGACCGGUCAUCUUGCCGAUCACCGACCCCGACAUGACCUUGGUGGAGGAGACCUGGGACCCAGCAGCCUACCCACCGGAGUCGGACGGAGGGGAGGAUGGUUACCCAAGCUGGGAGAUGGAUUGGGAUGCGGGGGAGGUGGAGGCACAGAACCUUCGCUGAACGAUGAGUGGGUGGUAGGGAAAACAACUGUGAUGCGGAUCCACAACAUUCCCAGAAAGCAGUUGUUCUAUGCGGAUGAGUUUUACAAAGGUGACCCAUGUCCAGUGCAUAUGAAACAACUUGGGCCGGAGUGCACUGUUGUUAUGCAAUAUGAAGAUGGCAGGACCCAGUCAGUCACAUAUGAAUGGGACGGGCCCGGGGCAUCUGAAAUGAAGCACUUUUGGACUGGGACAUCAACCUUCAGACUGAAGCCGAUGCCAAGCAGAACUCUGAUGACUCAUGCAGACCGCAAGAGCAUGCGACACUCUGUACGACAAGCAGUGCAUGUGUUUGAAGUUGAGCAUCAGAUCCUGCAGAAUGGCACUACCUCAACCUCACCUUUGACUUCCUUGCGUAUGAGGCCACGCAUCGACCUGCUUGAGACUUUUGCUGGUCAAGCCGGAAUUUCAAGACGUGCAGCGCGUUUCGGCUUGAAGUCUAUGGAGCCCAUUGACUACAACACCGGAUAUGACCUUGAAAGACCUCAACACCAACGACAUGUAGACCAUCUGAUCGACAGCUACAAGCCUUUGUUCCUUCUCCAAGGCCUAGAAUGCAAAGACUGGUGUCUUCUGCAAGACAACGUGAACUACGUGCGGCGGAAGAUCAUCCUUUUGAUGAGAAGGGCAAGAGCACGAAAGUUGCUGCGAAAAGUGGUGGACUGGUGUUGCAAGCAGGCAGAAGCUGGCCGCUAUUUCCUUUUGGAGAACCCAGUGACAAGCCGGUUGUGGCUUGAACCUCUGAUUUUACGACUUCUUCGACUACCAGGUGUCUACGCUGUGGUGUGCCACUCAGGUGCCUACGGGGCAACAAACUCCAAAGGCGACAUGAUCAAGAAAGGCUUCAAGUUCUUGGGCAACUGUCCAUUGGUCUUAGACCGACUGACCCGGAAGCUUGAUCCACAUCAACUUCGACAGUGCGUGCCUUUGGAGGGGAAGGAGACAACUUUGUCACAACACUACCCCGACAACAUGAUCCGUGAGAUCUUGAUUGGCAUCAAGCAGACAGCAGCCCAGCAUGACCCUGAACGUUUUUUUGGACAUCAACACAAAUCCAACUUCCAGGUGAUGGCCGUCACAACUGAACCUUCAGAUUGGGCCCCAGUGUUUGAGUCAGCCAGGAAGACCUUCGACACAAUACGUCAGAAGACCCACCUUCUGGCUACAUCAGACCCUGCCUGGAAGACCAUUCAACAACUUGUUCAAUGGCAUCAACUUGACAGAGUGCAGAUGGCAGCUCAACCAACUUUACUGCGAAUGCCUGUGCAUAUACCACAUACCCACCGUGGAUGGGCACUUCUCUACAACGACAACACUGUUGAGAUUGUGGAAGAGGACCUGGCAGAAGUGAGACAUCCAAGGGCCAAGUUCAGAAAGCCAGUCAACAUUGGCAUCUUUUUCUUUGGCCAUGCGCAACCACCUGUCCAGCAACCUCCAUCAUCACAACCUUCUUCAGUGCAACUGCCUUUAGAACCACGAGAAGAUGACCCACAGGUGAUAGUUGCUUCCAAUGUGCAAGGCAUCACUUUUCCAAAGAUGCCUGGACUUCCACGAGAUGUCAAGACUGCACUGGCCAGGCUUCAUCGAAACCUUGGUCACCCACAUGCCAACGAGUUGAAGAAGAUGAUUGCCAUGAAUGGCAUCAAGGACCAAAAGAUCUACGACGCCAUUGAAGGACUCCACUGUGACUCUUGCGUGCGAGUCAAAGGGCCUGGUCGUCCCGAACCUUCUGGAGUUCCACAUGAGGUGAACUGGCAAUUUGGUGACAUUCUGCAAAUUGACAUCUUCUACACCAGAGAUAUCAGAGCAGCAAACUACAUCUUUUUGAGCAUCAUUGACGAGUGCACUCACCUCCACAUGGCACUACGACUCAACGAUCGCAGCCCUGAAGAAGUCACCCACCAGUUCACAACCUUUUGGGCGAGAGCUUUUGGAUUUCCUUUGAAGAUCAAAGCUGAUCCUGAUGGGAGCUUCCGAGGCUCAUUUGAGUCUUCUAUGGAUGAAGCUGGCGUCUACAUGGACUACAUCCCAGCUGAAGCUCACCAUCGCAUUGGGCUCAUCGAGAGGCACAACGCGACCUUGCGUGAGCUGAUGGAACGCACCAUAGACUCACGAGCUGUUGUUGGAGACUAUGACAUGGAGCAAGCAGCAGUUGCAGCAUGCUUUGCAAAGAACUCCACAACAUGGUCGUCGGGCAGACCUCCUUUCAUAGCAGCUUUUGGAAGAAUCCCACGAAUGGGGAUGAACCUUCUUUCUGACAAGCAUGGCUUGGUUGCUGGGAGGACCCGUGAACAAGCUCAACGUGAAGCUGACUAUCUCAGAGUUGAAGCUCAACAACAUUUGGCCGCAAUGAGCGUUGACAGCAGUCUGAGGAGAGCACUGCUGCGAAAAUCAACUACAACUGGACCUCAAGAAUUACCAGUGGGAUCCAUAGCAGCCUACUGGAGAUGGACCAUGCGCUCCGGCAAGAAGCGCGGAGGUUUCAAGUUGGCCAGAGUGUUGGGUAGAGACCCUGAUGGAAAAUCUAUUUGGUUGCAAGCCGGCACGAACACCAUCAAGGCCGCCGAGCACCAGAUCAGAGCAGCUGUCGGCAUUGAGCAAUGGUGCCCUAGCCCUGAAGAUGUGAAAAGCCUCCGAUCUGCAGUUGACAACAUGCAACAUGGCAUCCUUACAGAUGAGACCUUGCCUGAACAUGCAGAUCAACAACUACCGGGCUUUGACGAAGUUCAACCCGCAGUGCAGGUUCCACCACCACUCCAUGAGGAACCUGAGAUGUUUGAAGAAGCUGGUGCUCACCUGAUACCAGUUCCUUCAACGCCAAGACCUGCUGCAUCAACACCUCACCUUCCUGACUUGCAAGCUGAGGAAGCAGUGCAGACAGAUCCAUACCCAGAGACCAACAUCCAUAUGAAUGUGAGCUCACCAACAUACCGACAGACCAUCAUUCAGAACCAGACCUUCGGCAUGAAUGAGCAACAACAGGUACAGCCAUCUGUGAAUGUGCCAGUGCGGAAGCCUCACAGAGCAAGAUCCAAGACUCCAGUCCGACGGACUUUGCAAGAUCAACUUGGUGAACGGCCUCGAGCCGCAAGACAACUUCCACUGACAGAUGGACCUGUUUCAGAGCGACAACAUGGACCUCCUUCAGUGCAACAGCCUUUAGGGCUUCCAACAUCAACACCCACCGAUGUGAUUGAAGUUUUGGAUGAUGAUGAUGAAAACGUGGCUGCGCAACCUUCCACAGCACAGCCCUCUUCUUCUCAUGCCUUGGCACCAGACUCCCAGGGCAUUGCAGCAGACGUUGCAAACCAGGCGCCGUCAACACCAGAAGCUCUGAAGUUGACACCAGCGAAACGCACCUUUGGCGAGACAGAGGAGCAUUUUGGAGUUUCACUUUUACGACCAGUUCAACAUGAACAGUCAAAGAAUUCAUUCCCAACAGUGGAUCACUGCUACAAUUUUGACAUCAACGACGUUGAUGGCCUCCAUUUGAUGAGCGAUGGUUUUGAUGGAUCACCAGAUGUCUAUAUGCCCUAUGCCAACCGCACCUUCAUGAAUGCCUACCGCAAGGACAAAGACUAUGUUGGCAAUGGCGACAGUGAUGACUCAGAUGCGGAUGUAGAUGACUACCGCGGUGAGACGGGCAACAUUCCACCAACACUGACCCGUCAGGAAAAGAAAGCAUUGGACAAGGAGAUCCCAUGGCAGACCAUCAUGAACAUGGAGGAGGAAACAAUCAAAGCUUAUGUGGACGCUGCAGUAGCUGAGGAGACUUCAUGGAACACCUUCAACUCAGUGAAGCCAGUGCCCAUUGAGAAAGCCAGAGCGAUUUUGAGAGACAAGAUUGCAAGAAAGAGAGUGCUGCGAUCACGAGCAGCUUUCCGCGACAAGUCCCGCGGGAUUGGCCCCUUGAAAGCCAAAUGCCGCAUCGUUGCGGUUGGAUGCACAGAUCCAGACCUAUGGAUUUUGCAGAGAGAAUCAGCAACUCCGACCAGACAGUCAGAGUUCCUUGUCUAUGCCAUUUUCAUUGCCGGCAAGAAUGGGAAGUUUUUGGGAUGCGCAUUGGCGAGAUGGACUUUGUGGGCAGGCGAUGUCAAAACGGCCUUCCUUCAAGGUGAACCCGAAGAAAGAGCACAGCCCCUUUACCUUCUGCCUCCUAGCGAUGGAAUAUGCCAACGAGCUGGCAUCUUCAAAUCAUCCAUGCUGUAUGAGGUGACUGGAAAUGUGUAUGGGUUAGCCAAUGCACCGAGAACGUGGCAGCUACACGUCAUCAAGCUGCUAACCAAAGCUGGCUAUGUGCAAAGCUCCAUGGAUAAGAUGCUGUUUUUCUACCACCAGAAGUUUGAGAAUGAGGCUCAACCUGUUCUAUGUGCACUUGCUAUAGUAUAUGUAGGUGACUUCCUUCUUUGCCACGACACCCGAUAUGAUCGUCAACAUCUUUUGGGCCUGUUUAAGUUGGGAAGUCAAAACGAAUUGAGCCUUGAAAACAGCCUGGACUUCAAGGGCAAAAGGAUCUCCCUGGAGUAUGACGCCAAAUCCAGUGAGUAUAUCCUCAAGCUCGACCAGGAGAAGUUCAUCUCAGACAUGAAAGGUGGAAAAGUUUCCAGGAAACGCUUCAAGGAAACCCUGGACAAGAAAGACCUUGGAGAAUUCCGAAGUGUGUCUGGAUGUUUGCAGUGGCUUGCAGGUCAAACCAGACCUGAUGUUGCAGCAGUUGUGAGCCUUUGCAGUAAGGGAGAGAAAUCCACCUACGAGGAUCUUCACAACAUGUACUGCGCCGUUCAGCACCUGCACCAGACCAAAACAAAAGGACUUGUACUGCGACCAGUACCCAUCAACUACAGCACGAUGCUGGUGACCUUUGCAGAUUCAUCAUGGGCGAACUCUGUAAAUCAUUCCUCUCAACAUGGUUGCAUCACGAUGCUGGCAGACCCUAAGGUGACAGACGUCAUUGGAGCUGGUUUAAUUUUGGAUUGGAAAUCUUCGCGAUCCACGCGAGUGUGCCGAAGUACUUUGGCGGCAGAGGCAUCUGCAUGCGACAUGUCCGUGGACCGAUCUUCACUCCUGAACUAUCAGCUGAGCGAAUUGCUUCUGAACCGGCCUGCGUUUCACAUAGCAUCCAGUGAACUUUUGAGAAUGAUUCAGGUGACAGAUUGUAGGUCAUUGUACGACGUGCUGGUCAGCGAAAACCCUCGAACAGAGGACAAAAGAACGAUCGUAACAAUACGAUCGGCACAACAGUUUCUCAGUCGCCAGAACGUUUUUUGGGUUCCAACGGCCCUUAUGUUUGCAGAUGGACUCACAAAAGUGAGCAUGCAAUUGAUGCUGGACUUCUUCGAAUGGCUCCAGCGGCCGUGGAUCCAGCUCCAUGAAGGCAAAGGGAAUGUCAAUCAACAGAACAUUGGGAGUGUGAGUUGUCCCACUAAGAUGCAGCGCAUGAGUUGACAUCCCAAUCAUUCCAUUUGCAUUUCAUGGACAUGCACUGAUUGCAAGCCUCGCAGUGGCCACUUGACCCAAGCAUUUUGCCUGCAAAAAGGCCGCGCCCUUUGCAUCGUUUGCACUUGAUUGCAUUCCGACCUGUCACUUUUAGCACGUGCCAUGGUCAGACUUUUCAUGGGUCUCAUGAACUUUGCAAGUUUGA